GUUGAUUGGCUUAACUUGUAUUUCCAUAAUCAAGUUUUGAAACGAGAUAUUCAUGAAGAACUUAUGAAAAAUGUGAGGGAUGCUCUUAAUGGCCACGACAAGGAUGACGAUGAUAAAAUCACCUACUUGCGUCUCUUUCACCAACCAGGAGCAGGGGGAACUACAUCUGCAAAACAAGUGUUAUGGGACAUGCGUAAAGAAUACAGGUGCUGUGUAGUUAGCACCAUAACAGAUCAGACAUGUGACCAGUUAGAUGAGGUCAGACGGUUCCAAGACAAUAAGCCAAAGCCACUGUUGAUCCUUAUUGAUAACCAAGAUGAAGACCGUUGGAACCAACUGAGGGGAAAUCUUGAAAAUAAAGGAAGGAAACGCUGG